UUGUCUAACCCUAACCUAACAAAACAACAGUUGAGGGUGUAUAGACGUUUAGUUUGUGUCAGAGGUUUAAGUUGAUAUAAAUUGUGGUAAAGAGUAAAGAAACAUGUCGGAGCGAAAAGUACUAAAUAAAUACUAUCCCCCGGAUUUUGAUCCUUCCAAAAUACCUCGGAUGAAAUUGCCUAAAAACAGACAGUACACUGUUCGUUUGAUGGCACCUUUUAACAUGAGAUGCAAGACCUGCGGAGAGUAUAUCUACAAAGGGAAAAAGUUCAAUGCCCGCAAAGAGGAUGUUGAAGGGGAGGACUACUUUGGGAUCCGGAUCUACAGAUUCUAUAUCAAAUGCACACGAUGUCUCCAAGAAAUAUCUUUUAAAACUGAUCCAAAAAACACAGACUAUGAAAUAGAAGCUGGUGCCACACGUAACUUCAUGGCUCUUAAACUAGCCGAAGAACAGGCUCAAAGAGAAGAAGAUGAGCGGAAAGAAGAAGAAGCUAACAAUCCGAUGAAGCUUCUGGAGAACCGAACACAGCAAUCCAAACAAGAGCUGGAACUGCUGGAGUCCCUAGAGGACUUGAAGGAUUUGAAUAGAAGACAGCGUAGCAUAGAUUAUGAUUCUAUGCUUAGUCAGUACGAUACGAAGGAGGCAAGAGAGAAAAUACUGAAAAUGCAGGAAGAACAAGAUGAGAAGUUUAUUAGGUCAGUAUUUGGAGGAAAUAAGCGGGUUGUCAAAGAAGAAAUAGUUGAGGAAGUGGAUGAAGACAAGUGUGUCCCGCCUCCUGAAAAGAAGUCUCUGAUUGUAAACAAAUCAUCAUCAUCAUCAUCUACUACUUCAAAACCUACCUCAACUUCUACUUCUAAAAGUCAGUCAACGCAGGACACGUCAUGGAACAGGAGCGUGGGUGUGAUGGCCAAGAAGCCUCUGACUGGUCUGGUGCGAGUCAAGAAACAGGAGCCGGUUGUGGCGUCUGCACAGGUGUCAGCUGACAGCAGCAACUCUGAGGUGAAGAAACCUGCACUCUCAUUGGUCGGAGCGUACUCGGACAGCGAUGACAGUGAAUCCAAUUGAUCUUUGUACAAUAUAGUUCUAAGUGUAUUAUAUAUUAUACGUAUAUUUUAUCACCA